AUGCCAUCACCACCAAAAAUUCAAUCGUUUUCCUCAAAUCAAAAUAUUUCUGAAGCUUUAUCAAAUAUGAUUGUGGAAUUAUCAAAAAAAUCAAUUGCCACUCGAGAAAGAUUUACUAUUGGCUUGUCGGGCGGUAGCCUACCGAAAAUUUUAUCACUAGAAUUAAAAAAUCGUAAAGACGAUAUUGAAUGGGAUAAAUGGCAAGUGUUUUUCUGUGAUGAAAGACUUGUGGCAUUAGAUCAUCCUGAUUCAAAUUAUUUACUCUGUAAAAAUGAAUUAUUUGAUCAUGUACCGAUUCCUAAUCAAAACAUACAUGUGAUCAAUGAAGAAAUGGUUCUGGAUAUUGAUAAAAUAGUCGCAGAAAUGGAAACAAGCUCCAUAGAUGAUGACAAUAAAAUCAAAAAUGAUACUACCGAAGAUGGAGAAUCAUCAUUUAACUCUAAAUUAGAUCAACUAAAACAAAAGCUAGAAGAACUUUUGACAGAAGAAGUUGAUGAUUACGAGAAACAAUUAAUUGAUGUGUUUGCCGGUCUCAACUCGGUGAAGUUUCCUGUAUUCGAUCUACUUUUGUUAGGCAUAGGUCCUGAUGGUCAUACCUGUUCGUUAUUUCCAAAUCGUCCACAACUUGAGGAAACGAGUCUUUGGGUAACUUAUAUUGAAGAUUCGCCAAAACCUCCACCUAGGCGUAUAACCUUCACUCUGCCUGUUAUCAACCAUGCACAUAAUGUCAUAUUUGUAGCAACCGGUAAGGGUAAACAAGAUAUUUUAUGUGAUAUAUUAAAAAAUACCAAUAAUAAAAAUUUACCUGCUACUUUUGUAAAACCUGUUAAUGGUAACUUAUAUUGGUUUUUGGAUGACGAGGCUUCUGCUAAACUUGUAUUAGAUAAUGUUUAG